AUGCGUCACCUUGAGGGGUCCUUUGCGAGUAACUCGUCGACGGGACCAACAAGUAGCACACAUGAAAGUUGCCCGUGUAACUCACGCUCGGACGACUUUCGCAUCACGUUAGCGACCAGCGCUCUUCAUCGGCCAACGAUUAUACGGCGGUCACUAACGAAGACAACCAGACGUUGGCGCACAGCUGGCGCAGGUACGACUACAACUUCCACGCAAUCUUCGACGCGUAAGGCACGCGCCCAGUGGAAGCAGCCCACACUCUCUCUUGCGCCUCUGCCGGAGAGCAGCUCUUCUGACAGCCUCGAGAGCCUCGCCAUCGUCAAGCGCAUUGAGCGGCCCACCGAAGCUGACUGCUGCUACGAGGUGAUAAACACGGGGUCAUGGCUUCCGCUUGUGGCAUUAUGCAAGCGCUCCAAGCCCGUCGAUUUCCUGCACGUCAUACAUGAAGACAGUCAGGUGACCAAGCUUCACUGGGAGGAGCCUGGCAGGGGAGAUGUGUUCCACGUGCUAGGAAGUCAGGGAGAGAGGCUUGUGGGUGUACUUGAGCUUCGCGAGUUGGAUAUCCCAUGGCAUACAUCACGUCUCCGAAUUUCCAGAGAGCUGAGUAAUCUCAAGGACAGCGUCGACAACCGUACCUCGGCCUUUUUCGUGGACGCUAGAAGCACUCUGGUCAGGGACAAGUAUCCGAGGCUAUUGUCAAACGCCCGAAUGCAGUACGACGACAAACUCCUGCGUUCGGCUGCAGCUUCUGAAGAACCGGAACUGGUAGCCGACUACCUGGUGACAGAGAUGCAGCCCGGGUGGAGCCCCCUCCCGAAUUACACGUUGACCGAUCCGGAACAAGCGCUAAGCGUGCUUGGUCAAGCGUGUUGGGCCCUAGCCGUCGCCGAAGCCGAGCUAGAGUUCGAACACCGCCUCCCAGUUGCCGGCGCCGUGCUCGUUCGCCCAACGCGCUCACCACGCGUCGAGUUCACGCUACGGGGCCAUAUCGUGCGGAUCCCUAGUGCCGGGCUGAAGGUCCGGCUUCAGGGGCUUCAACUGGCAAGAAUACGCAUUGGAACUCGGGUUGAGCUCAUGGAUUUCGAGCGUUUCUACGAGUUCGUGAAAGCCGAAGACGAGGUCACCGUGUGCACCAGGAUCGCCGACCUGCUGAGCAAGAACCCCACCAAGUUCGAGCCACUGACCAACGUGGUUUGGCUUCAACAUUUGGCUGACUGGCUGGCAUGGCAGUAUGCGGAUGCGGCGUCCGCGCUGUCACACUGGCAAGGCGUCCUGGCAGCCUCCUGCUCAGCCGAACACGCGACAGUCGGUAGCCGGCGGAGCCACUCGCUUUCCGGAACAGCGUCGCCUUAG